UGGAGGGUCGUGGGCGGCGUGCAGGAGACAUGUCGGCGGGCAGCAGUUGCAGCCAGACUCCCAGCCGGGCCAUCCCCACUCGCCGCGUAGCCCUCGGCGACGGCGUGCAGCUCCCGCCCGGGGACUACAGCACCACCCCCGGCGGCACACUCUUCAGCACCACCCCGGGAGGAACCAGGAUCAUCUAUGACCGGAAAUUCCUGAUGGAGUGUCGGAACUCGCCUGUGGCCAAAACACCCCCAAAGGACCUGCCAACCAUUCCAGGGGUCACUAGCCCUACCAGCGAUGAGCCUCCCAUGCAGGCCAGCCAGAGCCAUCUGCACAGCAGCCCGGAAGAUAAGCGGGCAGGUGGUGAAGAGUCACAGUUUGAGAUGGACAUUUAAGGGACCAGCCAUAGGACGCAGUGAUGCUUCUGGGCCCCUGGGGCCCUUGGGAGGAGAGCCACAGCAGUCAGGCCUUGUACCCGGCAGACACUG